AUUGUCUGAGAACUUCGAUACGCAGGAUAUCAUGGGUGCGUACACGACCCUCAACCCAGUUGUCAGCAAGUUCUUCUGCAGCUCUCUGCAGGCCGUGCUUCUGGUCCGGCGGCGUCCACCUACCGUGACUGGCGGCGGCUUCGUCGUCACCGACCGGGAGCAGAGGGUCGUCUUCAGCGUGGACGGCUGCGGGAUCAUCGGCGCCAGUGGGCAGCUCGUCGUCAGGGACGGCGAUGGCACGGCGAUCCUCUUCAUUUACAAGAAGGGAGGAGUUGUUCAAGCUUUGAGCGUGAACAACAGGUGGAGAGGGUACCUGAUGGACUAUGGUGAGCCGAGCAAGCCGGUGUUCACUUUACAAGACCCUAAGGUGCUUCUCAGCUGCAUGCCGGGCGAUGUCCGGGUCACCGUGGAACCCAAGGGAAGGAAGCGGCAGUGGGACUACGAGGUGACCGGAUCCUUCCCCGAGAGAGCUUGCGCCGUCAAAAGCCGAGCAGGACACGUGGUGGCACAGAUUGGAAUGAAGGGGAUGAUGGCCGGCAGGGACUUCUACCAUGUGGUGGUGCAACCGGGCUAUGACCAAGCCUUUGUAAUUGGUGUGAUUGCCAUCCUUGACAACACGAAUGGAGAAUCCACAAGGUGUUAACCAUACAGAAUGGGAGUUGUUGGGGUGAUCGCAUUAGUCACUCGAUCCAUAUGGUUGUAUACAAGAAAUUUGUUCGAACUGUACAUAUUAAUUGGUUGAUUAUUUGUUGAACUCCCUCUAUAUAGAAUUAUAAGAUCGUUCUAGCACACUGUUGUAUUAACCUGAACGUCUUAUAAUUUGGUAUUAAAGAAAUACUAUACUACGUGUUUUUUUUUUUUUUUUUUUUUUUUGCUUUUCAUUGCUAGCUUAGAGUUCAUAGGGUAUGCUAAGUGUGCUAGUAUUGUAAACGGUGUAAGGUUGACGUUGUUGAACAUGGAAACGAAUAUGUGCAUACAUUUACACUUUAUCCCUCUA